CCAGGGGCGGGCCCCGCGCUCUGCCCGCCCCACAACGGCCACGGCCAUGGAGGAGCGGAAGGAGAGCUGCCCGCGGGCAGCCCGCCCUGAGGCGCCGGAGUCUGCCGCCUGCCCACCGGGUAGGCAUCAUUGUAGGAUCAGUGAUCAAGAAACUAAUGGAAAAAACACAGCUGCCAGUGUGAAUGACUUCAGUGAUCCAGUUUACAAAGAAAUUUCUAUGACCAAUGGUUAUAUUAACAGAAUGACCAGAGAGGAGCUCAGAAGUAAACUUGCAGAGUUCAAGCUUGAAACCAGAGGAGUGAAAGAUGUGCUGAAAAAGAGACUGAAGAACUACUAUAAGAAACAGAAGCUGAUGCAGAAAGAACCUCUUAAUGGGGACAGCUACUAUGACUACAUCUGUGUUGUUGACUUUGAAGCAACAUGUGAAGAAGGCAACCCACCUGAAUUCGUACAUGAAAUAAUUGAGUUUCCUAUUGUCUUAGUAAACACACAUACUCUGGAAAUAGAGGAUACAUUUCAGCAAUAUGUGAAGCCAGAGAUCAAUCCCAAGCUUUCAAACUUCUGCAUAAAUCUGACAGGAAUCACUCAGGACAUUGUUGAUAAGGCUGAUACAUUUCCUCAAGUUCUGCAGAAUGUAAUAGAGUGGAUGAGACAGCGAGAACUGGGAACAAAGUAUAGCUAUUCCAUUUUGACAGAUGGAUCUUGGGAUAUGAGUAAAUUUUUGAACAUCCAGUGCCGCACAAGCCGUAUCAAAUACCCUUCUUUUGCCAAAAAGUGGAUCAAUAUUCGCAAAUCCUAUGGGAACUUCUAUAAGGUUCCUAGGAACCAGACCAAGCUGGCAAUCAUGCUUGAAAACCUGGGCAUGAAUUACGAUGGGAGACCUCACAGUGGACUUGAUGACUCUAAAAACAUUGCAAGGAUAGCUAUAAGGAUGCUACAGGAUGGCUGUAAACUGCGGGUGAAUGAGAAAAUGUAUGCUGGACAGCUUAUGACAGUCUCCUCCUCAGCCCCCUUAGAGGGAGCCCCUGCUCCACAGAUGCCCCACAGCAGAAAUUAGCAGUUCAAGGGUUCUGCCUUAGGAACUGCUCUCAAAUAGCCACUGAAGACUGUUUAGAGCCAAUGAAACCUGCCAACCUGUGUGCAGAGUCUGAAAGCACCUUAACCAAUCGUCUCUUGAAAUAAAGGGGAGUGUGGAAGCUCUUUGCUCUUUGGAGCCUCUGUUACACCAUUUUUUUUAAUACUGAUUUUUUUGUUGUUUGCAACUUUUCUAGCUGUAAGAUUGAUAUGCAAAAUCCAGGCAAGGUAUUAAGCUUUUAAGAAUAUGUAAUUUAAAAACCUCCAAAAACUGAUUUGGCUUGCACUGUGCUGUUCCACCCCAGCCUGUGGGCUGUGUUUAUUCACUAUGCCACAUGGUAAUGAUAUCUAGCAUCUGAUUAUUCAUUGCACAUAAAUAAGGCAAUGAUGGAAGUACUGAAAUAGUGGUUGGGCUGGCCUUUCCUGAUAAGGCACUCUACUAAGGGUUCCUGAUGGUAAUUUUUUUUUUUUUUUUUGCAUAUUCAUCAAUUAUAAAGGAAUAGAGAAGUACUAGGUUGUUUAGGUUUGGUUUUUUUUUCAUUAAUGAAUAUGUUUGUCAACUUCCCUAUCAAGUGCUAUAUAUUGAAUAAAAAUUCCAUUGACACAGUA